UAGUAAUUAUUAUUGUUUGUCAAAACGAUGGAAAUACAUAUGGGAAAAAAUCAAUAAUUGAAAAUGUUGAAAAAAUUGUGUGUUUUAAAUACCCACAGCCUAAGGAAAUUAAAAAAAAAUGUUCAUAAUAACUUGGCACUUGAUCCAAACAAUUUUUUUUGGGGGGUGUCUCUUCUUCUGUUGACACACAUUUUAGGGGGCGUAUGUGCUGGAAAGAUUAGAAGAACCAAUUAAAGCUACAAAUUUCAUUUUGUGGGUCAUUUAAUUGUUGUUUUAUCUCUAAUGUUGCAAAGUUUCCUUUUCUUCGUAACUGCUUUAUAGAAUUCCUAUUAAAUUGUCAGUGUCUUUGGCUGCUGGAUGGAGUGUUUUAUUUAGUGUAAUCGAAGCAGGUACUUUAAUUACAACUACAUAUUAGUACUAACAAGAAUAACAACGACAUCUGAAGUCACAAAUCUCAUCAACUCAGCAUCAGCCUCUCUCGCGCGUUCGUUCAAUAAGCAUUUCGGUAUUUAAAGAAACACAAAACUCGGAUUACCCAAACGAGGCCAACCAAAAAAGAGAAAAAUUUUGAUUUGUUACUUACCUGUGUGGAACCAAGUUAUCAUAAAACAAACUCGUCACCAUGUCCAUGGCUGGGCAAACAAUCAACGACAGACUAUUGGCUGCCAGGCACAGUUUGGCCGGUCAAGGUCUGGCCAAAUCGGUAUGCAAGGCCACAACGGAGGAGUGCAUUGGUCCCAAGAAGAAACAUUUAGAUUAUUUAGUACAUUGUACAAAUGAACCCAACGUAUCAAUACCACAUCUGGCCAAUUUACUUAUUGAACGUUCACAGAACACCCAUUGGGUGGUGGUCUAUAAGGCGUUAAUAACCACACAUCAUUUGAUGGCAUAUGGAAAUGAGCGUUUUAUGCAGUAUUUGGCUUCAUCGAAUUCAACAUUUAACCUCAGCAAUUUCCUGGACAAGGGCGGUGUGCAAGAUGGUGGUAUGUCGGUACCUGGUGGCAGAAUGGGUUACGAUAUGUCACCAUUCAUACGACGGUAUGCCAAAUAUUUAAAUGAGAAAUCUCUAUCUUAUCGUGCAAUGGCCUUUGAUUUUUGCAAAGUCAAAAGGGGCAAAGAAGAAGGUUCGCUGCGUACCAUGCACGCCGAUAAGCUGUUGAAAACGUUGCCCGUAUUACAAGCACAAUUGGAUGGCUUAUUGGAAUUCGAUUGUCAAUCAAACGAUUUAACAAAUGGUGUCAUAAAUAUGUCAUUUAUGCUUUUAUUCCGUGAUCUCAUUCGUUUGUUUGCCUGUUACAAUGAUGGUAUUAUUAAUUUAUUGGAAAAAUAUUUCGAUAUGAAUAAGAAACAGGCUCGUGAUGCUUUGGAUUUGUAUAAAAAGUUUUUGGUACGCAUGGAUCGUGUUGGUGAAUUUUUAAAAGUUGCAGAGAAUGUUGGCAUAGACAAAGGCGAUAUACCAGAUUUAACAAAGGCACCCAGUUCCCUGCUGGAUGCAUUGGAACAGCAUUUGGCCACAUUGGAGGGUCGUAAAGUUUCAGCUGCUAAUACUCCUACACAAUCAGCAAGUAACAACCAAAAGAACUUUAAAUCCGCUGUCUCUGCCCUAUCUUCUACUAGCACCUCGUUCGGUACAGCAGCAGCUUCUAGUAAAUUUGAUACCACCAAUGGGAUUGAUGAACAAUUGAAAGCUCAGGCAUUGGCCGAUGAAGAAGCCGCCAUGAAUCAAUACAAGUCAAAGGUUUCUUCACCCACCAGCGGCGGUGCUGCCGCUAACGCCGCACUAACAAAUCCUUUCUUAUCGUCGCCUCCAGCUACCCAAGCUGGUGCACCGAUAGUUGAUUUGUUUGGUGCCGCCUCAGCCCAGCCAGCCAAUGCUGGCUCCACCGCCGCUGCUGGUGCCACUAAAGCUUCGGAUGAUCUACUGCAAUUGGGCAAUCCAUUUGCCGAUAUGUUUGAUGCUCCCCUGGGUGCUGGAGCUGGAGGUGUUGCUACAGGUGCUCACAAAACAAAUAACAAUAUUUGGAUGAAUAAUAAUGGUUUCAAUGGAUCUUCGGUACCUACGGCUGCGGCCAAUGCUUUCGUUUCCGAUAGCAAUUUCUCAUCUGUAUUUGGUAAUACUGAGCCAGCCGCAACUGGAGCAGCAUUAGCAAAUCCUUUUUUUGAUUCAAUGGAACCUCAAAAUUUAAUCAAUGACCACAACACCACAACUUCGACUUCAUCAUCUUUAUUAUUAGCCUCAUCAUUGUCACCGUCAUCGGUAAAUAGCAACAGUGCAGUACAGUACAAUAUGACUUCCAUUCCGAUGAAUCCUCAAGCCAAUAAUUUCUUUAUGGCUGCAGGAGUACCACCAAUGACGGGGUCCUCCAAUACCAACACCACGGCAACUUCUCAGCCACCAGGCUUUGAUGCUUUGGGUGAUGUUUUAAAACCCGGCAUAACAGCCACAGCAGCAACCACUUUUAUUGGCCAGUCAUCAGCAAAUCAAACAAAUGUUGUUACUUCAGGUGGUGGUCUUGACCAACAGCUCCAGCAGCAACAGCAGCAGCAGCAACCAGCCAGCACUGGGAAGAUCUUGACUGGCGAUUUGGACAGUUCGCUAAUGUCGCUUGUAGAAAAUUUAAAUAUAAAUAAAACAGCUACCACAAAACCUGUGCAAUGGAAUUCGCCGAAAAAUACCGCGAAACCCGGUGCUAAUUGGACACCUCAACCUAUGGCUGCUACAACUGGUGCUGGCUAUCGUCCAAUGGCACAUGGCAUGACUGUAAGUCCUGCGCCAAUCACAAUUAAUCAUCCGUAUAUACAUGCUAAUUAUCCUGUAAUACCAAAUUAUAUGCAGCAGGGGAUGCCGGUGAUGGGACAACCUAUGAUGGGCCAAGCCCCUUUGACUGGCGUACCACAGACGAUGACAGCGGCGCCCAUGGUGAUGCAAACUAAUGCAGCCGCAGUGGGUCUAAUGCAAACAAAUCAGACGCCGAUGAUGCAAACGAAUGGCGGUAAUAAAAGCGUACCCCUAGAUCCCUUUGGGGCGUUAUAAACUACUAACACCCCAAUCGCCCCAAAAAACAAACAACACACACACAUAGAAAUAAAAUUAAACAAAACAACAAUAAACUCAGUAACAAAUACCAACAAAAAACUUAUAAUAAUAAUAAUUAUAAAUAUAAUAUUAUACAAAGAGAAAUUUGUUAAAAAUUUACUACACUGAAAAAAAAAGAAGAAGAAAAACAAAAACAAUGCAAACAAGAAAACAAAAAAAAACUGUUUAAAAAUUUAUGUAACAAAAACAAAAAUGGGAAAUACUAUAUAUACAUAAAAAAUAAAAAUAUUAAUUAAUGAUUAAUAUUAUUAUGUUGGAGAAAUAUACAAAUAUAUUAUUAUAUAUUAUUGCAAAGUACCAUAAAACCACAACUAAAUGAAAAUGAAUAGAAAAAUGAUGAUGAUGAUAAUGAAAAAUGAAAAUAUUUAUAUUUAAAUUCAAUUAUAUAUAAAACACAAAAAAGGGAAAAACAAAAUUAAGUUGAAUACAAAAUUCCCCUCAAAAACAAAUACCUAUUAUUUAUUAGUUUAUAUUAUUACUAUUAUUAUAUAUUUAUAUAUAUACAUACAUACAAAAACAAAAUCACUAUUUGAAGAAACAAAAAAAAGAAAAAUCAUUAAGUGAACACUAAAAAAAAAUCUUGAAAAUAUAUACCUAUGUUAAAAAACAACAACAACAACAACAAAGAAAAUACAUAUACCACUGAUAAUGAUCAAUGAUCAUAACAAAAUAUUCAAUAUCUUCACUGUGUUUUCCCUAGACUCUCUUAAGUGUGGCUUAAAUUACACUGUGCGUAUAUGCAGAAGCUACGAAAAAAAAAUGUAUAAAUGUAUGUAUGUCUUAGAUCAAAAAGCCCCGUUAUCCAUUUACUCCAUAGAGUUUGCUGGUAUAUAUGAAAGUUCAUAGCAUGAAAAGUGGAUUUUAUGGCCAGAUAUAGUGCCUCCUAGACACCAUAAUAAGGCUAUAUUAGGAAAAUGGAAGAACUCUUAACUAAACCUACUAAGCGUUUUUAGGGCAUACCUUUGGCAGAGCAGAUUGAAUGAAGACCCUCCCGGUAGGAUUACGAGGAAGUGUUGUAGCUGACCAGAAAUUUCCUUUGUAUCCCCUAAUCUCUUGAGUGAGGUUUCAUGGCAAGCCGUCAUUUCUUGGGAUCAGAUCACCACCCCAUAAUACACACCAUCCAUCUACCAAACGAUUUCACAACUAACGCAACCAUUCAACUCUAAUCAACGCAAUCACCUUUUGC